ACAUGGUUGUUUGCUGCUGAAAGUUGAACCUUUCAUGACUCUUACAGUGGCUGGACUGACUCAUUUCUUCUGGCUAUAAUGAUUGCAUAUAUUCUAGUUUCCGUUUUGGCCAUUUUGCCCUUAUUGCUUUACUUGAGAAACCCUUACAUUUUUACUGACUUCAGUUAUGCCACCACUAUGAUCAAAAUUGCCACGCAAAUGGGCAAAUACAAAAAACGGAAACCUUUUUACAGUAUAGUGGAUUGUUUUCUGGACAAAGUUGCGAAGCAGCCGAACAAGCAGUUCAUCCUUUUCGAGGAGAGCUCCUACACUUACAGCCAGGCGGACAAAGAGAGCAACAAGGUGGCCAGGGCUCUGUCCACGCACGCCCACCUGAAGGAGGGGGACACGGUGGCGAUGUUCCUGGGAAACGAGCCGCAGUUUGUGUGGACCUGGCUCGCACUGUCCAAACUGGGAUGCACAGCUUCUCUGCUGAACUGCAACAUCAGAUCCAAAUCUCUGCUGCACUGCUUCUCCUGCUGCGAAGCCAAGGUCCUGGUGGCCAGUGCAGACUUGCAGGGGGCUGUAGAGGAGGUGUUGCCCACCCUAAAGGAGCAGGGCGUCCGUGUGUUCAUCCUCAGUGAGCACUGUGAUGUAGAGGGCAUUGAAAGCUUCUUAGACAAAAUUCAGCAGGCCUCAGACCAGCCGCUGUCACCUCAGCUGAGGGCCAACAUUAACAUGUCGAGUCGUGCGCUGUACAUCUACACCUCAGGGACCACAGGGCUUCCCAAGGCAGCUGUUAUUAACCACGAGAGGCUGUGGCUGUCAUCUUUUUUUCAGUCCAUGGUUGGCAUUCGCGCCAACGAUAUAGUCUACGUUUACCUUCCUCUUUACCACAGCGCUGGCUUCCUGAUGGGACUUUGUGGAUCCAUAGAGAAAGGCAUCACUAUUGUGUUAAGACGUAAAUUCUCAGCCUCCAACUUCUGGAAUGACUGUAGGAAGUACAACGUUACAGUUAUUCAGUACAUCGGAGAGAUUAUGCGCUACCUCUGCAACACACCAAAGAGAGACAAUGACAGAGAUCAUAAAGUCCGACUGGCCAUGGGGAACGGGAUAAGGACAGACACCUGGGUUGAAUUCUUGCAGCGGUUUGGGGACAUCCGUAUCUGUGAAGUUUAUGGAGCCACAGAGGGAAACGUUGGUUUUGUCAACUAUGUUGGCAAAGUUGGAGCAAUUGGCAAAGAGCAUUUUCUCCACAAGAUGGGCUGUAAAUACGCCCUCAUUAGGUACGACACAGAGAAAGAGGAGCCGGUCAAAGACUCCAGAGGAUUUUGUAUUGAAGUCCCAAGAGGAGAAACCGGCUUGUUGGUGGCAAAAAUUGGUGAAAGAGCACCCUUCGUCGGCUACGCCAAGAACCAGCAGCAGACAGAGAAGAAGAAGCUGAGAGACGUGUUUGUGAAGGGAGACCUUUACUUUAACAGUGGAGACCUUCUGAGGAUAGACGACGAGGGAUUCGUCUUCUUUCAAGACCGAAUCGGAGACACUUUCAGGUGGAAGGGAGAAAACGUGGCAACCACAGAGGUGGCUGAUCAUUUGCUCGUGGUUGACUGCGUGGAGGAGGCUAAUGUCUAUGGUGUGAAGGUACCAGGACACGAAGGAAGAAUUGGAAUGGCAGCCGUGGUGUUGAAAGAAAGCAUGGACUUUGACGGCCAAGCUGCAUAUCAGCACAUCAAACACUACCUCCCCAGCUAUGCCAGACCGCGCUUCAUUCGCAUACAGAAUGCCCUGCUGUUAACUGGGACGUUCAAGCAGAUGAAGAGGAAGCUGGCAGAGGAGGCCUUCAACCCGGCCGUCGUGAGGGACCCUUUGUUCUACCUAGAGGACAAUAAGGGUUACGUCCCCAUGACUCAGGAGAUAUUCGACGCCAUCGCGGAGGGAAGAACCAGGCUCUGAAUGAGUCCUGUGCUUAUUAUUGGAUUGUCAGUUCCAAACACAUUUAAUUUGUUAGAUGAAACCGGAUGUCAGAUGAUUAUUAUUGACCUGCUCAUUGAGCGUUCAGCACAACAACUUCCACAAAACACUUUGCCUUCGAUAGUACACAAAACAUUUCUAUUGAUUUAAUUUUUGUUUGAUAUGCUUUUUAAUAAAAAAUAUUUUUAAAA